AUGCGAGCAAGAUUGGAUCCAGUUUUUUCAGAAUAUGUGUUAGAAUUAGGCAACGGAAUGCCACCAAUCACAGUUGAUGAAACUAUAAAAAUUCCUGAUGGCAUGCUUGUUCCAUAUGAAGAUGACUGCACUUCUUUGAAUCAUUUAAUAGAUGCUGUUUUCCAUGAUAUUCAUGGAUAUUCAAUAAAUAUUUCAGCUAUGAUGAAUCGGGCCAUAUUAACACCAAAGAACAUUUAUGUUGAUGAAAUAAAUGCAUUACUAAUUCAUAGGUUUCCUGGUGAGCUUAGGCGAUAUUAUAGCUUUGAUGAAGCAAUAGAUGCAUCUGAACAAUCAGUCAUGGAGGAUUUUUUAAAUACUCUGACCCCAAAUGGACUUCCUCCUCAUGAAUUGUUACUGAAGAUAAACUGUCCGAUCAUGCUGCUUAGAAACAUUAAUCCUUCAGAAGGACUAUGCAACGGAACACGCCUAAUUUGUCGGGCUUUUGAUCGAAAUGUGAUUGAUGCGGAAAUCGCAGUUGGGCACCAUAGAGGAAAAAGAGUAUUUAUUCCAAGAAUCCCAUUUUUGCCAAAUGUUGAUGAAAAUAGUGCUUUAAAGAUGCGGACUAUCUAUACAUCAAUAAAAGAUAUAACUCCAAAUACAAGGAAUUGGAAAAUGAAAAUGAUCGUGGCUGACAAGUCACCCAAACGAACAGGCCAACGCUCGCCAGUAAAGUACCAAAGUCUAACAUUGAUUGAUCCAGAGGGAAAUCGAGUGCAAGCGACAAUGUUCGAUAAAGAUAUUGACUCACGAGAUGAUACCUUACAUAUUUUCCAGUCAUAUUACAUUAGUAAUGCAUAUGUGAGGCCGCUGGAUCCAAGGUAUAGAAUUGAAACACAUGAAUAUCAAUGGAUCCUAAAUUCAAGAACGAUAAUUGAGGAAGUUCUGAAAGAUGAAGAACAAUUGGAGCUACCAAAGUACCAGCUCAUUCCGUUCAAUGAAUUUGAUGCUUACAAAAACUCAAUUGCAGAAAUAGAUGUUUUGGCUGUUGCAAUUCAUAUCAAACCAUGUAGAGAGAUAACUUCGGCACAUGGACCGACAACUAUUCAGGAAAUCUAUGUUAUUGAUCAAAGCUUAAACCCCAUAAGUUUAACUAUGUGGGGUCAAUUUGUGCAAGAUGAAUGCAAAAAAAUCUCAGAAAUAAUUGGCUCAAAGCCAGUUAUACUUGGAACAAGAAUAAGAGUUGGUUCUUAUAAUGGAUUGUCUCUUUCAUCACGUCCAAAAAGUAAAUUUAUGAUCAAUCCUGCUCUUCCUGAGGCAACUUCAUUGCAACAGUGGGCGGUGAUUAAUGACUUAUUACUUGAGAGAAUUAUUGCAAAAUGCUUGACAUACCCAUCAACAUCUCUAUCUUCUGUUGGUAUUCGAGAAAUCAUCAAGAAUUGUGAUGUUGCUGAGUUCAUUAAAAGUUUACAACCCAUGCAGAAAGCAAAAUUUUGGAUAAAGGCCAAGAUAAUUGUAGUUGACUUGCGCCAGAUAUUUUAUUAUAUGUCAUGUAUUGGCUGCAAUAAAGGAACUGGGUAUGAUUACAAUGAUACAUUCCUUUGUUACCAUUGUAAACACCAAAGCAUUUCUCAACCACGUUGUCGAGCAUAUGUUGAACUCGACGAUGGUACAGGAAGACUAUCUGCUAUUAUGUUUGGCGAAGUUGUAGAACAAACAUUCGGUUGUUCAGCAGUUGAACUUAUGAAUCACACUGGUGAUGAGCAUCUGCCAUAUAUUGAAAAUCUUGUAGCAGAAGUUUCGCAAAAAGAAUGGAUGAUCGAACUUUUAGCAGACCCUAAUCGACUCAACCAGCAGCAACACAAAAAUUUCAAUGUCGUCUCUGUUGAUGCAGUACAAGACGACACAAAAUGA